AUGGCAGAUGCCAGAUCACGCAAAUCAUCAAUGGCCUCACUUGCAUUGAGGCAGGCAUCCCCUCUUAUCACUCCAGCCACACUAGAAAGACCUUCUGACGCACCUAUAAGUUGCACAAGGGUUGAACUCCGUUCAGAAAUCCUCUGGCAGCAAGAGGAUGCUACAAAACUUGAUCACCUGCACAGAUAUCUCAUAGGCAACAAUGCCAGCAGCAGAUCUCAACCCCCAGCGCUCCACAGACUACUGGAGAAGAACACAGGGCACCUUUUCAGCCAUCUAGAUGCUUGGAAACAAGCCAUGUUGCAGGAUGUUACACAAGCAGUAGAGAGCGCAAUUCAGCGCCUGCUGACUGUCCCCAGCAGCACAAAUCCACACACACCUCCCAGAAUAGUCUUCACAGUCAUAGACAACACCCCCAAGGCCCCUUCUGGCUCAGACAGCUCAGGCAACAAGGACUUCUUAGUCCCUAUCAUGGAUGAGCUUGACCCAAAAGGAAAAAGGGUCAAACUGGAGUCACCAGAUCCACCUAAAACCUGUUAA